AUGCCUGUAGUUAAUCAACCAACAAAAGAGAGAAAAGAAAAGCCAGCUUUAAAGAAAGUUAAUAAAGUGAUUCAAAAAAAUAACAACUCAAUCUUAAAAGCUGCUUCUCGUGGUGCAGUUUCUCGUCAAAGGGGUCUAAUAUCCCCGGACUCCACGCCAGAAGUCGAAGAAACAAGAGCUGACGCCAACAAUGCUCGAAUUACAAAAGAGAAAGCUGAAGCUGAUUUAGCAGAAGCAACCAAAAAUUUAGAUGAUGCAAUUAAAACACAAUCAGAUGCAGCUACCAGCGAGGAAAAAAAGACAGCCGAUGAUCAGGUAAAAGAGGCAACUGAAAAGCUUGAAGCUGCGAAACGUGUAAUGGAUCAAGCGAAAGAAGAAUUCGAGCAGAUUGAAGCACGACCAAAUUUUGAACUUCUUCUAACUGAUUAUAUCAGCCAUAUUUUAGCUUGUGAUAAGGACGAUUACCACAAGAUCAUAGAUGUAAAGCCGGAACUAAAGAAAGCGGCCGAACAAUCAGGCGUAGACGAAAGCAACAUCGAAGCCGUAGUAAAUUGGGAUGGUAAUCCAAUUGGCGAUUUGAUGGAAGAUGACGAGGUCGAGAUCCCCGUACCAACUGCUCGAGUUAAAAAAGUUUAUGAGAAGGCGACACCUCUUGUUACUCAACUUAAGAUAGACCCCAGCGACUCAAAAGCACAAGAGGAGCUAAUGGGCCUUAAUAAAGAAAUUGAAAGUGGCAACGAGGUCGAUAUAAAAAACGACUCUCAGAUUUCUAAUGACCAAUGGGUCAUUGAUGUAGAUUUCUUAAUAUCUCUUUAUAAAGAGGGCAUAGACGCAAUGGCAAUAGAAACUAGGACCAAGAUAAGUGGCGAGAUUGAAAGAUAUAUCAAAACGCACCAUCUACCAGAAGAAUGGAAUCUAUCUACAUUGCACGCAUUUACAUCCUCAAAGGACGCAUCCUCAGGAAUACCCUAUGAUUGGCACACCGCCCUUACGGAAAGAGGAGAACGCAUUAUUGGCAUACGUAGAAAGGGGAUUGAUAGGUAUCAAGUCCUAGUGGAAUUUGAAGAGAAUGGUGUAUGGAUCCGAGAACUUAAGCCAGCUAUGGAAGUUGGGGAUAGAGACGUCAGAAAAUAUAGGGAAAACGAGAAACACCUAAAUAUACCAACGAGGCUGACAAAUUUCUUCACUACCGACAGAAAAUGCUUGAAAGAGCUGCUCUGGAUAACGAGAUCUAAAAAAACGUUUCGAGACCCUUCCAAAAGACUAACCAGUCCUGCUGCUGAUUGCUGCGUGCAAUUCAGCGGGGGUCGAUUCGGGGCAGAAGGCUGCAUCUGCAUCCUUACAUUUUCGAAAUUUGAGCAAAUUCGUUCGAAAGCAGAUGCGAAAACCGACAUUGAAAGGGUUUGCAAAAGAGACAACAUCAAGCCGCCAUGGGAAUGCGUAGAAGCGUAUAAGACAGAUCAAGCCACCCUCACCGGAGUCACGGAUGUCAGUCGUAGCGAACCCAAAGCCGUAGACACCGGAAUGGCAGAAUUACGUACAAUGAUGGCGAAUCUGACCACCGUUACGAAACAAAAUAGUGAAGAGAUUGCAGCCCUCACCAGAGUCAGUCGCAGCGAAUCCAAAGCCGUAAAUACCGAAAUUGCAGAAUUACGUACAAUGAUGGGGACUCUGAUCACCACUAUGAGCAAUAUGAAUCAAAACCGUGAAAAGGAUAAUGAAAGAUUUGAAGCCUUGGAAAGUAAGGUAAAGAGCUUAAUGGACGGAGCGGCAAAAACAGGGUAA